AUAGAUAGCAUAUAAAUAGAAUAUAUAUAGGUAUAAUUGAUAAACAAACACACUUACAAGUAUUGAUUCAGGUAGAUUAUAUACUAUGGAGAUUCUUGGUGUUAUCUCUGUACCAGGAUGGCUGUUAACGAUUUUGCUUCUAAUCCUAACAGUUUGCUUAUAUUCAAAAUGGAAGCACAGUAUGUGGAAAAGACUUGGUGUUCCUGGUCCGGAACCAACUCCUUUUCUGGGUAUUAUGAAAGAAUAUUUUAAAAAGGGUUCCUGUAACACAGAUUUAGAACUUGUGAGGAAAUACGGCAAUGUUGUCGGGGUUUAUCAGGGUCAUAUACCAAGUCUGUUAGUUGCUGAUCCAGAAAUGUUGAAAGUGAUAUUUGUUAAGGAAUUCUCUAACUUUCCAAACAGAUUUAUACCAGUAAAGCCGACGGAACGAAUGUUAGCUGGUGUAGCUUUGGCCCAGGGAACACAUUGGAAGUUUCUCAGAAGUACCCUCUCACCGACAUUUACAGUGGGAAAAUUAAAACUUAUGGUACAGAAAAUCGACAAAUGUUGUCAAGCUUUGGUAGAAAACAUUCGCUCACAGCGGGGCGACAAGGAUCCAGUUGAUAUGAAAGAAUUGUGUGGAGCAUUCACUAUGGAUGUCAUAUCUAGUACAGCUUUUGGUAUUGAGGUUAAUUCACAAAGAGAACCCAAUAAUCGAUUUGUUUACUACGGAAAAAAAGCUGCCAUUGGACAACUUGCGUCAUCAUUUGCUGUUUUUAUCAUGAUAUUUCCAUUUCUAAAAAAUGUAAUUGGAACUAUCUUGCGCAAAGGUAACAGAGUUGGCAAAGAUGUCAUGGAAUUCUUCGACACGGCGCUAAGGUCUGCUAUCGAUCUUCGAAAGGAAGGAAAAGAGCAAUACCAAGAUUUCCUACAAUUAAUGAUAAAUGCUAGACACAAGGAUGAUCAUCAAGGGAAUUAUUCAUCAGGUGACAUGCAGAGUUCUAAAAAUAGAGGUUUAAAUGAAAUGGAGUUAAAAUCAAAUGCCAUGACGUUCUUCCUAGCAGGAUAUGACACAACAGCCAAUACACUAUCAUUUGCUUGUUAUGCAUUGGCCACUAACUCAGAUGUGCAGAAGAAGCUUAUUGAGGAGAUCGAUACCGUCCUUUGUGGGGAAAAACCCCAAUAUGAAGAUAUAUCAAAGUUACAGUAUUUGGAGAGAUUUGUAAAUGAAGUUUUGCGUCUUUAUGGAGCUGCAACUAGAUUUAACAGGGAAUGUCAGAGAGAUAUCAAGAUUAAAGACACGUUUAUCCCGAAAGGAACAGGCAUUAGUGUACCCUCAUUUGCCUUGCACAGAAAUCCGGAUUACUGGCCAGAUCCAGAAAAGUUUGAUCCUGAAAGAUUUACUGAUGAAAAUAUCGCCAAACGACCAGAAUAUAGUUUUAUUCCUUUUGGCAUCGGUCCAAGAAUAUGCAUUGGUAUGAGGUUGGCGUUACUUGAGGCAAAAAUGGCUUUGGUGCAUAUGCUUCAGAAUUUCUCUUUCACCACCUGUGAUAAGACGGAGAUUCCAGUCACAUUUGAAAAAGGGUUUAUUCUGAAGGCACAGAAUGGAAUAGUUUUAAAUGUUAAUCCACGUAAAGACACGCGAUAGAAUACUUAUAUGUACCAUGAGGACUGUAAUUGAUGUAAAAGUUACAUAUACAUUUGUAAGCAGCAAGCGUUAAUUCGAUUUUUUAGGUAACACUAUAUGUUUAAAUUUAUUGUUAAAUACAAGUAGUCAUAUUAUAGAUAUGUUAUGCAAAAACAUAAAUGAAUAAAGAUAUAUUCUGUAAAA